AAAAAAAAAAAAAAAAAAAAAGGCUCUUUCUUCGACUCCCCCAGAGUUUAAGAGUUGAGUUUUACAAUUUUUGAAUCUAUUCAUCCGGGUCUGGCGAUAACACUUUUAGCAUAGCUUAGCAUAGAUCUUUAUACCUGAUUAGACCAGAAGCAUCUAGUUUAAAAAUGUUUGACUCUUCUGUAGUUACCUUGUGUAUUAACCCCGACAGAAAAUGAAAACAGAGACACAUAAAACUGGUCAUCCAUAGUUGCCGGUUUAGAUCAUUUGAGGGACAGUAACAAAUGCUCAUCUUUUCAUCGGGGCCUUUGAUUACUGUAAUUCUCUAACAAACCUCACUGCUCUUGUCUUAUGAUGGCCUACCAAAGGAACAUUUUCUUUUUGAUAAACCAGUGUCUCCACUCCUCAUCGCAUCUGGCAUGGCUAGAGAUUGGCCGGAUGCUCGUGGGAUUUGGUAAGACAGAAGAACUACUGACCUGUUUUUAGAGCAUAGCACUACAUUCCUAUAGCUCAUCCUUUACUAGUCACCCAUAAGCUGGCUCAGAUGUACUCACCUAAAUAUCUGUAAUUCUGAAAAUCCUUUUUGGCAUUCCAGUUACAGAGAGACAUUUUAUACUUGAUAAUAACAGCCUGAACGAUUUGUAACGCAGUAGAUAAUCAACAAUUAAUUCGGUCAACCUGAGAGAAAUGAGAGGAAUAAGUUAUCAGGAGAUAUUUUAUCAUGCUGAACCAGUCCAGACUUCCCUUUUUUUUUUUUCUUUUUCUGACUGGAAACUCCAGGACCACUUCUUGUUUGACAAGCCCGUAUCACCCUUGCUGACUUGUGCAGGAAUGGCGCGGGAUUGGCCCGAUGCCAGAGGCAUCUGGCACAACAAUGAAAAAACAUUUUUAAUCUGGAUCAAUGAGGAGGAUCACACGCGCGUCAUUUCCAUGGAAAAGGGUGGGAACAUGAAGAGGGUGUUUGAGAGGUUCUGCAGAGGACUGAAAGAGGUCGAGAGGUUGAUUCAGGAGAGAGGCUGGGAGUUUAUGUGGAAUGAACGCUUGGGCUACAUCCUGACCUGCCCCUCUAACCUGGGCACCGGCCUGAGAGCUGGAGUCCACGUCCGCCUGCCGCUCCUGAGCAAGGACUCACGCUUCAAUAAAAUUUUGGAUAGUCUCAGGCUACAAAAACGUGGCACGGGAGGCGUGGAUACUGCGGCUGUGGGUGACACUUUUGACAUUUCCAACCUUGAUCGUCUAGGCAAAUCUGAGGUUGAGCUUGUUCAGUGUGUGAUUGAUGGUGUCAACUACCUGAUCGACUGUGAAAAGAAACUUGAGAAGGGCCAGGAUAUCACCAUCCCUUCACCAUUAGCCCAGUUCAAGAAAUAAUGCCAUCCUUGCAAGAAGAACUGAGAGCUAGGCAGCUGAGAGAUCUGUAAGCUGUUAUUCACGACAUCCGCAGGUCUUUUUAAAGGGAACUCAACUGAAUAAAUUCUUAUUUUAAUUCUG